AUGGCCGCCAUUACCCCAUCCUCCCUCCUCCUCCAUGCGGGGCUCCUCUCCCUCCUCCUCGCUGCCGCCACCGCCACCAUCGGCGAGGGCUCCACCCUCCGCAUAACGCACGCCUACGGGCCUUCCUCCCCUUUCCGCCCCCAGAAACUCUCAUGGGCCGAUACCCUCCUCGAUAUCUCCUCCAACGACGCCUCUCGCCUGCAAUACCUCUCCAGCCUCGCCGUCUCCACCCGAAAGGCCGUCGCCCCCGUCGCCUCCGGCCGGCAGAUCCUCCAAAGCUCCAACUACAUCGUCCGCGCCGGCCUUGGAAAUCCUCCGCAGGCGAUGCUUAUGGCGCUGGACACCAGCAACGACGCCGCAUGGCUUCCCUGCCCCGCCUGCGCCGGCUGCUCCUCCUCCUCCAUCAUCUUCAACUCGGGCAAGUCCUCCUCCUUCUCUCCGAUCCUCUGCGGCGACGUUCGCUGCCAGCAGGUGCCCAACCCCACCUGCCAGGGAACGAGGUGCUUCUUCAACAUGACCUACGGGGCGUCCUCGUUCCAGGCCGCGCUCUCGCGAGAUACCCUCCACAUAGCCGGCGACGACUUCCCCGGCUACGCCUUCGGGUGCCUCAAGAGAGUGAGAGGCAGCUCCUUGCCGCCACAGGGGCUGCUGGGCCUUGGCCGCGGCCCUUUGUCUCUGCUCUCGCAGACCCAUGAAACCUACCGCUCCACCUUCUCCUACUGCCUCCCGGGGCUCCGCUCCGGCAACUUCUCCGGCUCCCUCCGCCUCGGCCCGGCGGCGCAGCCAGUGAACAUCAAGACGACGCCGCUGCUCUCCAAUCCGCGACGCCCCACCUUGUACUACGUCAACAUGACUGGAAUCCGGGUGGGCCGCCGCCUGGCGGCCAUCCCGCCGGCGGCGCUGGCGUUCGACCCGGCCACCGGAGCCGGCACCGUCUUCGACUCCGGCACCAUGUUCACGCGUCUGGUGGCGCCGGCGUACGCGGCGGUGAGGGACGAGUUCCGGCGGCGGGUGGCGGCGAAGAACGUGAGCUCGCUCGGAGGAUUCGACACCUGCUACGAGGGCCCCAUCACGGCGCCGACCAUCACCUUCCUCUUCACAGGGAUGAACGUGACGCUGCCGCAGGAAAACGCGCUCAUCCACAGCACCGCUGGGAACACAGUGUGCCUGGCCAUGGCGGCGGCGCCCGAUAAUGUCAACUCCGUGCUGAAUGUGAUCGCCAACAUGCAGCAGCAGAACCAUCGCAUCCUCUUCGACGUGCCAAACCGCCGCCUUGGCGUCGCCCGUGAGCUCUGCACCGUCUAG